CGUGUCAGCGGCAUACGUCGUAUCCAUCAAAUCCACAAAUGUUGCACAACGAUUUCUUGGUAUUUUGAUCUAAAAUGGGCUGAAACAAGGAGCCCAAAGUAACUCAAUCACACCAUGAUACUCUAGCAAAGGGACCGAGGGAUAUAUAUCAAGCAUGAGUGGCGGACACACGGUAGCUGAGGCUUCUGUCACGCAGAAACCAGGUCCUUUCUUACGCCAUGUUCGGUACGAGCACCUGGUUGCUGGAGUGUCCGGGGGUGUAAGUGCUACCAUGGUUCUACAUCCUCUAGAUUUGGUCAAAAUUCGGUUGCAAGUAAAUGACGGGAGUGGCAGAGGGCCGGCCUAUAAGGGACUGAUUGAUGCGACAAGAUCUAUUAUACGGACAGAUGGGUUUAAAGGUCUUUACCAGGGAGCUACACCAAACAUCGCUGGCAAUGGAACUGCCUGGGGAUUAUACUUCUUUGGGUACAACAUUUUGAAGGCUGUUAUGCAGGAUGGGAGUGACGAACCACUCGGAGCAGAGAAGCAUUUGCUGGCAGGAGUUAUUGCAGGUUGGGGUACUCUAACGGUUACUAACCCCAUCUGGGUGGUGAAGACCAGAAUGUGCCUGCAGUAUGGCGAUGGCGCAGGACAGACUAAAAAAUACACAGGGAUGAUGGAUGCUUUUAUUAAAAUCUGGAGGCAGGAAGGCCUGAGAGGACUUUACAAGGGUUAUGCUCCUGGCCUUAUAGGAGUAUCCCAUGGUGCAUUGCAGUUUAUGGCUUACGAAGAAUUGAAGAAAGCAAAUAGUGUAUACUUCAACAGACCAAUCAAGCAAAAGCAGACUUCCUUGGAGUAUCUAGUAAUGGCAUCUUUGUCGAAGAUCUUUGCGGCUAGUGCUACAUACCCCUACCAAGUUGUACGCUCGCGCCUCCAGAAUCACAACACACUUGGACAAUACAAGGGAGCGAUUGACAUUAUACAGAAAGUCUGGAGGUUUGAAGGAAUCAGGGGAUUCUAUAAAGGGAUGGUUCCUAGUGUAUUAAGAGUGACCCCCGCUUGUGCUAUCACCUUCCUAGUCUACGAAAACAUCGCGCAUUUCCUGAUGCCCAAGUCUUGAACAACCAAAUACUAUGAAAUCUGCUCUUAAUUGAUUAGGGUAGGAUUUAAUCAGAUUGUCAAUAUUCUUAGAACUCGCCUUGAUUGCUAAAACAAUUCACAUUUCGUAUCCUCUGAUCUGUCAACACGCUUCUCAGUUCUGCCUAUCGAGGUUUGAAUCUGUAACGGAAACAAAAAUUCGUAUCCUCUGAUAUGCUAACCUAUCAUUUCGUAUCAUUUCACGAUAUGUAUUUCUUAGCCUGCGCUUGAGUUCGUAGAUCAUUAACAAUCACAGUAAAUGUGCUUUCAUAUUUUUACGUAAUAUUUAAAAGAAUUUUGUAAAUCCUUCUUACUUUUUGGACAGUGUUUUGAAGGAUUAUUUUUAAUCAAUACCAUAAAAUAUGUCAGAUUAUCUCUCUAGGCGUUCCAACCCAAAAAGUUCAAUUCUUAUUGGUGCAUCAAACCAUUGUGUCUUGGCUUCCACGGUGUCUCUGGACCCUGAGAUAGGCAUUGAUCGGACUUAUUUGAGGUAGUGGCUCGCUUUUUAUUAUUAUGGAGAGUCAACUAUAAGAUAUUCGUGCACUCAUCUGAAGGAACAUUGGGUUUGUAUAUACUUAAUAUAACAUUAUAUCAAUGAUAAACUUGUAAGGUAUAUAAAAAUACAUUUCAAUGAUACUCUCAAGUAUAUUUUACAAUAAAAUAAAAAGAUAUAAAUUUU